AUGUUCGCCAACCGGGCGGAUCCACCGGGCCUCAAUGGUACGCUGGCAACGGUGGCCAGCGCACUGGUCACGACCGUGCCGGUGCCAUUGCCGUCGACGCUGACCUCGGCCAUGGCGACGACUUCCGGCGGAUGGCCUUCGGUGGAUGCCUUCGGCGUCUGGAACGGCACGACCGAGCUGGCGGCCACGGCCAACGGGACCGAACCCACCGCGUCAUCAAUCGUAGAACCUUCCGAUCGGCUCGUCAAGCUGACGGUGCAGUGCUUGAAGAGUCUAAUCUUCGGAUCGAUCAUCAUCGGGGCUGUGCUAGGCAAUGCACUCGUUAUCAUAUCGGUGCACAAAAAUAGGAAAUUAAGGUAAGUCACUCCCCGGGUUCCGGUAUCAUUAGCGAUGGCGGAUAUGCUGGUUGCACUCUGUGCGAUGACGUUCAACGCAUCGGUAGAAAUUUCCGGAAGAUGGCUAUUCGGUCCGUUCAUGUGCAACGUGUGGAAUAGCUUGGAUGUUUACUUCUCUACCGCAAGCAUCCUUCACCUUUGCUGCAUAUCAGUAGACCGAUAUUUCGCCAUCGUCCGUCCACUGGAGUACCCGCUGUACAUGACGCAACGGACGGUGUUCAUGAUGCUGGCCAACGUCUGGAUGCUGCCGGCGCUUAUCUCAUUCACCCCCAUCUUCCUGGGCUGGUACACGACGGCGGAGCAUCUGGCGACGCUGAAAGUCAACCCGGACCUGUGUAUAUUUGUUGUAAAUAAGUCCUAUGCAAUCAUCUCCAGCUCGAUCAGCUUCUGGAUCCCGGGGAUCGUGAUGGUGACGAUGUACUACCGCAUCUACAAGGAAGCGGUUCGCCAGCGGAAAGCUCUUAGCCGGACCAGCUCCAACAUUCUGCUGAACAGUGUUCAAAUAAACAACGCGGCCAACACGCUGCACGUCAACCACCACCAUCACCAUCAUCAGCAUCUGCACCAUCGGCACCACAACCUGCGCGCCAGCGACUGCGAUCUCGGUAUCGACAUCAAAGACAUUCCGCACGACACGCACAGCGAGCUGAGCGAUCUGGACUUGCAGGUACCGAUCGUGGCGACGGUCAUCAGCCCGGACGAUGACUUCCUGGUGCCCUCGUCGCCACCGCGACGCCUCAGCCGCAGCAGCAUCGAUCUGCGGGACCUCGAGUACAAGAGCGAGUGCAAGAUGAAGGGCUCCGACAGCGUGUCGUCCAUCUUCCCGCUGCACUACGACAACAACCUACGCUACUCCGGCUCGGAACCGAUCCACAUAAAGGACGCCCAGGCGCAGCAGCAGGCUCUCCAGCAGCAGCAGGAGUCGCCGACCGACCAGCAGCCGGUGGCGGGCGAUCCACCACCCCCAGGACGCCGACCGUCACGCAAGGACAGCUUCCGGCAGAUGAACUUCUUCCAGCCGUUCUUCUCGCGCAACAGUCUGCUCAAGUCGUACAUGCGGGGGGCCGGUGGGGGUAGCGCCGGUGCCGGCGGACCAUCGCCUAAUCUCAACAAUAGCAACAACAGCGGCAGCGGCCCCAACCGGCGGCGGUCGGUGGAGCGCAACAACAAGAACAACGACAACCGUUCGCACAACAACAUCCUCGAUCUGAUCAACGUGGCGUCGACGCUGAACAAGGACGCGGCGAAGGAGGUGAACACGCACAAGCGGGCCCACCCGAUCGCGGCCAGCGAGUCCGACUUCCUGACGCUGCUCGAGCAGCAACGCCAGCGGCUGGGCGGUCAGAACACCAACAGCCUGAAGAGCUGCAACAAGGACGAGAAGGAGCUGAUCUACGCGCUGAGCGACUCGGACUUUGGUGGUGCGCACCAGAAGCCACCAACGGGCGGUGGUGACAGUUUGGCCGCCAUCUUUAAGAUCGUACUGAAUGAACCCCGGGGUGGUUCCGAGACGAACGGUGCGGGUGCUGGUAGCGGCGGUGACGCACCAGCGGACACACCGGACAUACUGAUCGGUUGCUUCGAUCACGGGUUCAGCGGGGUGCGGCCAGCGGAGGGCCGCGCCCCCGGCAGCCCACCGUUGCUGUUGCUGGCCGAGGACCUGUCCAGCGUCCAGCGGCUGACAGUGGAUUCCGCCGCUGACCCGCCUCCCGCCGAAGUGUCAAACGUCAUCGACCUGAUCUCGACUAUCGGGACGCCCCCGGCCCCGUCCGCGAAGCCUGUUUGGCCUGGCCUGACCAUCGGGGGGCCGAUGGCGGGGCUCAGCGCCCGCUGCAGUCCCGUCAACAUCCAGCUGAGCGAAGCGUCAACCAUCUCGCUCGACCUGGUGGCCACCAGCCCGAAGGAGAAGCUACCGCGCGUCCCCACCUCGGCGCCCGCCACCGUCACGACGCUGGACAUCGCCGGUGAGAUGCUGGCAACCAUGGGCGGAGCCGCGCCGCCACCGCCCGAAGCAAAUCCGGAUAUCGUAAUCGAUAAUAGCGGUGGCUCCGGCGGUGGAGCGGCCACCCCAUCGCUCGCACCCUCCAUCAUGACGCCGUCCCCGCAGCACCCGCGCCUCGGCCGGAAGCGGCAGUCGUCGACCGUGACCUACAACAUCAACGUCAUCAACUUCCAGCACAGCGACAACCCGGACGACGACUCCAGCUUCCAGCUGAACAACCGGAACGGUGGCGGCGGCACAGGCGGUGGUGGUUCCGUGACGGCCGGAGGACGUUCGAACAGCUCCACGAACUCGAGUCAGAAGUACCAGCGACGGGGCGCGAUCUGCAUUGUGAUCAACAAUGACAAUGUGGUGCACGCCAACGACACCGACACGGACCUGGACGACACGGAGUGUGCCGGUGUGCGGUGUGUGUGCGGCCCGGAUUGCGCCGCAUGCGACGCCGGUGGUGGCCCGGCGGCCGUUGGCUGUGCUGGCUGCGGCGACGGAAGCGCCUGCCAGCCUCAGUACGCCGCCCAGCCGGGCUGCUGCGCCCAGGGGGGCCGCCGCUACCACCACCAGGACGACGGUUCCGGGGCGGCGGCCCACUGCCGCCAUCACAAGUUCCGCAAGAUCAUAUGCCUUUGGAAUCACCUGAAGCGGUACGGGCGCGGACCGCGGCGGCGCCCCUGUCCGGCCGCCGGGGUGGCCGCCCCACCCUGCCCGGACACCGUGCCCGCCGGUAACCGGCUCACAGUUCCGCCGGCUAGUCCCGCUCCGUCCGGUUGCCGGCUACACUCGCGCUGCCCCAGCGUCGGCUGCGCUGAAGGCGGCACGUCGACGAGGCCGGCGAAAGGGUGGCGCGCGGAGCAUAAGGCCGCACGCACGCUCGGCAUCAUCAUGGGCGUGUUUUUGCUGUGCUGGUUGCCGUUCUUCCUGUGGUACGUCAUCACGUCGCUCUGCGGCGAUGAAGCUUGCCCCUGUCCGGAAGUCGUUAUCACGGUACUAUUCUGGAUCGGUUACUUCAACUCGACACUCAACCCGCUCAUCUAUGCCUACUUCAACCGCGACUUCCGGGAAGCGUUCCGGAACACGCUACAGUCGCUGCUGCCCUGCUUCUCGCGCCGUAGCCCGUACGGCCACAGUGUCUACUACGUGUAG